AUGCCUUCGUUUGCGGGGAAUCCGCGGGUUUCUUCCGCAUCUGUCAGUUGUUACGUCCUAAAUGCUUGCAACCUGGGCAAGUUGUUGCUCGCCGGCAAGAAGCUAGUGUCCAGUCGGCUUUGCAAUGUGCUCCCUCUCACAUCAACUGCCCGGAGUCGAUUGAUCCAUUGGACCCUCCCUGCUUUCAUAUUCCCCCAACUGGCAAUGCCUGGAAUAACACACAAAAACCCCAACCCUGAGGCCUACCUUUUCUCCGGUCUCUUCGAAGAAGAUACGAGUGCUCCCUAUGCAGGAGAAAAGCUUCCUCGCAGAACCGGAAACAUCUCGAUGACGGGGGGUUACAAGCGGGACCAGUCCAGCCCAUUCUUGGGUAUUACAGCGUAUUCUCUGGAUUCUGUGGCCUCCAAGUCUGUAACCGCUGGGACGGAUAUCAAAGAUAAAUAA